CGUCCCCCGCCAUUUCGCACCGGGACGGGAAGGGACGGGAAGGGGCGCGGAGCGGGAAGGGACAGCGGGAGAAGGGGCGCCGGGCGGGCACGGCGGGCUCCGGCAGCUCCCGCGGCACCGCCACACAGGGAGGGAGCUGCUUCCCGCUGUAAAUAGUGGGAGGAACGCGAGGCUGGAUGAGAACGCACCGGCAGCAUCCUCGUUAGUGGGAGCCCGGCUCUGCUUUAAUGUUGGUUUCUUUGUCGUCAGGUCUGCUAAAAAAAUGACAGAAUAUAAACUUGUUGUGGUUGGAGCUGGUGGUGUAGGGAAGAGCGCCCUGACAAUACAGCUAAUCCAGAACCACUUUGUGGAUGAGUACGACCCCACAAUAGAGGAUUCCUAUAGGAAGCAAGUAGUAAUUGAUGGAGAAACCUGUCUCUUGGAUAUUCUGGAUACAGCAGGUCAAGAAGAAUACAGUGCAAUGAGGGACCAAUAUAUGAGAACAGGGGAAGGCUUCCUAUGUGUGUUUGCUAUAAACAAUACAAAGUCUUUUGAAGAUAUUCACCAUUAUAGGGAACAAAUAAAGAGAGUUAAAGACUCUGAAGAUGUCCCCAUGGUGCUAGUAGGAAACAAAUGUGAUUUGCCUUCCAGAACAGUAGACACAAAACAAGCUCAGGAUUUAGCAAGAAGUUAUGGAAUUCCUUUCAUUGAAACAUCAGCAAAGACAAGACAGAGAGUGGAGGAUGCUUUUUAUACAUUGGUGCGAGAGAUCCGACAGUACAGAGUGAAAAAAAUCAGCAAAGAAGAAAAGACUCCAGGGUGCAUGAAAAUUAAAAAAUGCCUUGUAAUGUGACAGGGGUGUUGAUGAUGCCUUCUACACAUUAGUCCGAGAAAUCAGAAAACACAAAGAGAAGAUGAGCAAAGAUGGUAAAAAGAAGAAAAAGAAGACAAAGACAAAGUGUAUAAUUAUGUAAAUACAAUUUAUCCUUAAGAAGUACUGAAGUAAUUUUGUACAUUACACUAAAUUAUUAGCAUUUGUUUUAGCAUUACUUUACUUUCUGCUUCAUGAUCCUGUUAGCUUUACCUGAAUGCUUGUUUUAAAUGACAGUGGAAACUUCAUUCCUCUUAAAAGUGCCAGUAUUCUUUGACUGUUGGUUCUUGAACUAGCAAUGCCUGUGAAAAAAACAAACAAAAAACAGAAAACAAACAUUAAAAACCACACACAAAAACCUGAGAACUGUCUUAGGACUCUUUGGUGCAUGCACAGUUGCUAACUUCCUGUUUUUCUUACUGAUUGUGAACUUCUGUGUGCAAAGCAAACAAUGAAAUGAUGCUCUACACAUUCUGACAUCCCCUAUAAAUUUGUUGGGUUUAUAAAUCCAGUUGGGAAAAAGGACUAGUUAGCAAGAGACUCUCAUUUCAGCCUUUCCUUUACUUUAGACUGAUUAUUGCAAUAGAGAGAGACCAGAAGCCUUUAUAGUCUUCCUGUAGAUUUUGCUUCUAGGCAUCUAGUCUUGUAGCAUUUCAGAUCAACUUUAAUGAAUGUAAAGAUAAAAACUUUCAGAAAAAAAAAAGUUUCACUGCAAUUUGUCACGGUCACUCCUUAAAGACUCUAUUUUUUCUAUAAAAAAACAAAGAAAAAAGUAAAAAAAAGAUGACAAUGCACAUCUGGCAAUGGAAAAAGUAAAAGUUCUAAUUAGGUUGAUUUGCUCUUGUUAAUGCAUUGCUUUAAGACCUUCACUGACUUUUUGUGUCUGAAGAUCAAGGUGAAAUCCCCCCCAGCAUCAAACCUUUAAGUAGCUUUGUUCAGUAGGUGCAGGAUUUCACCCUUAGUGUCUCUAGGAAAUACUAAAAAGCCUUAACAGAUAAGUUGAUUCAGAUUCUUAGGUUAAUUCAUACAUGGACCUAGAAUUUACCGUAAGAAUUAAAUCAGAAUUAAUCCUAAAUUAUAUAGUGGAGUAAAACCAUUAUUUUCCCCCCCCCCAAGAGUGGCAUUAAAUAUUUCCAGAUGCCCAAGUUCUGUGCAAAAUAGGGGAGAAAUCUUAAAUUCUGGUAACAUCAAAUGAGUGAAUGAAUGAGUUGAAUUUAGCUGCUUCAUGCAAAUAAUUUGGGAAUCCACUAUUCCAUAGAAAUGGUGUGGAAUUUGCACAAACUGUCAGCAUGGUUUCCAGCGUCAGUGUUGUUUGUGUGAUGUCCGUGAAGUACUAGUUUUGUUGCACAGAUUUAAUGGUUGGUGAGUGGCAUUCCAGUGUCUAUCAUGAAGCUAGGCCAAGAUUUUAAUGUUGUCUUUCUCUGUGAUUAAGUUCUCUUGUGAUUUUGUUUUCCCUUCCCCCUCUUUUUUUUUGUUUUGUUUUGUUUUCUGAUUGGAAUUAAUGCAGGAUUUUUGCAGGAGCUUUCAGUUUUUGGUACUGCAGUAGCCUAGUUAUUCUGCACUGAAGCACGAGCCAGUAGUCCCAGUGUUGCCAGUUCCUGUUGUCUCACUGUAAAUGUGGAGUUUGUUCCAUUAGAGCUUUGGUCCCUGAAGGGUUCACUUCAUAGUAGCCAAACUCAGCUGCAGAGGAACAUUUGAAGAUGUGGCUCUGGUGUACCCAAUAAUAAGACACAAGACGUCGAAGUAGGAUAGUUCAGGACACUGGACUGGAAAGCUGGGAACAGGGAAGAGCAGCAUUGCCCUGAGGUACACCUAAACAAUUCCAUGGAAAUUUUACACAGGUAUGUAAAAAUUGCACUGUGUAACUUGGACCAUUUCUGUGAUGCCAAAGGUGCAGCUGCCUGAGAAAAGUAUUAUUUUGCUUCUACAAAAAAAAAUAAUCCCAGAUUGACUGUUGGAGGUGGAGAGCUGCAAAGCUGGCAGGGAACACAUCCUGUAUGUUCUUUAAUUUCCAUGUGGCUGAGGGAAAUCAUGCCUUUCCCUGUGCCCCCCAUUCCCCACCUUUCACCAAAACCCAAAACCCUCUUCCCUCCUUUCAGCUUCGAUGUGAAAUGUAGAUAAUGAAAUAUUCUGAAAAACAGCAACAGGAGAACCUAAUGUUAUAUUGUAAGGACCAAUAAGAACAGAUUCUUGAUGUCACAAAGUAUUUCAGAGCUUCCAGGGUUAAAAUGUGUUGGAGACAGUUAUUUGCACAUUUUAGGCACUCUUGACUAUACAUGGAGAACGUAGCAAAAGUUGACAGUAUGCCUUGAGCAAAUGGAAGUAAUCUUAAGGUUGCUUUAAUUUUGGUAACUGAGUCACACUGCAUGUAAAAUUAGGGCUGGUCUAAAAUUCUGACGUUCAUUUAACUAAAUACUGUUAGGAAAUUGUAGCUGAAAUGUCUUAUUCAUCAAAUGUGGAUUUAUAUAGCUGUACUAUAAGGCUAUAUGUAGGCUAGUGUUGAGGUUUUGUUCAGCAAAUGUGAUCUGUAGCUGCCAGUCUGAUUAAAUUAGUACAAAAUCCAUUUAGAUUAGCCCUUAUUUACUAAAAAAAAAAAACAACAACCAACCCCAAACCACAUCCUUGCUGCCGUUGUGCAGUUUUGUCUUAGUAUUUGUUGCAAUUUGGUGAAGCAGGUUGGACUGCAGCUUGCACAAGUUGAUCCCUUCCUUAUUGUCUUAUUACCUGAGAUGCUAUCCCAGAACAUCCCUGGGUGCUUGUCUGUCCUGAGAGCAACUACUGAAUGACCCUGUGAGUCACUGACCACGUUAGCACGUGGAACUGCCAUGUGUCAGGGAGUAACACCUUCUUACGGUAGCUUUAUGUAACCCUGCUAAACACCUGUAUCAUUGGUUGGCUCCAAACUCAAUUAUUCUGACCAGUUUCAUUGCCCUAAACUUUUUUGCUAACUGAGAAGUGUGGACUUGGUCACAGUAACAGGAUCUCUGAAAUGGGUAAAUACUGACACACACAAUCUUCUGCUCUUGUCUAUACUAUGAAGCAAUACAAUUAUUACCUUCAAAGACCAUCAAACUGUAAAACAAAUCAUUUUGUCUCAAGUUUACAUAAAGCUACAUAGAUGGUAAAUCUUUCCUAACAUUUCUUUAUUCCACUGUCUUGUUGUUUUCAUGUUGAAAAUACUUCUGCUUUUUCCUCUUGAGUGCCAACUUCUUACUAGAAUGACUUCUUAAUGUAAUAUGUUUACCUGGAAUGUAUUUUAACUAUUUUUGUAUAGUGUAAACUGAAACAUGCACAUUUUGUACAUUGUGCUUUAUUUGAUGUGGAACAUAUGCAGUGUGAUCCAGUUUUUCCAUAAUUUGGUUGUGUGACCUCGGAAUGUUGGUCAUGCCAGACAUUAAGUUAAAAAAAAGGAAAAAAAAAAAAGACCACUGUUUGUUUUAAAAUUUUUAAUGUUUUUAGGAGUAUGUGCUGUGAGGUGAUCUGGAAUUUGUCAUUUUUUUGUCAAACUGUACUGCUCCUAUUUAUUGUAAUGUAAUAAAAAAUAGUUAUUGUGA